UCAGUUGGUGCUUCACAUCAGUGCUGUUCGCACGCAAAUCCCAAGCGCUCUCGAGCUUCAAAGCUUUUCUUGUCCGUCAGGCAAUCUCUCAGCGAGGAAUUCCGGUGACUUAACGCGCGAGGUGCAGUGGAAAGAUGGCCAGCAGUCUUGUGGUAUCGUCGCCGAGAGUCAAGUACACAGAUGAAUAUAUUGAGGCGUCGUACGACUACAGCAAUUCCACCGUCAAUCGUCUCUCCGAUGGCACGAUUCAGGUCGAGCCGCAGGAGACUUCGCUGAAGAUCCGCACGGAGCGCCGCGUGCCGCGCCUGGGAGUGAUGCUGGUCGGCUGGGGAGGAAACAACGGAUCCACGCUGACGGCCGCGCUGGAGGCGAACCGCCGGAAGCUGGUGUGGCGCACGAAGAACGGCGAGCAGGCGGCCAAUUGGUUUGGCUCCAUCACGCAGGCGUCGACCGUGCUGCUGGGCACUGAUCAGCACGGCCAGGACGCCUACAUCCCCAUGAACCGCAUCCUGCCCAUGGUUGAUCCCGAUGACAUCGUGAUUGACGGCUGGGACAUCAGCUCGCUGAAUCUGGGCGAGGCGAUGAGGCGCGCCAAGGUGCUGGACGUGGCUCUGCAGGAUCAAGUGUACAAGCAGAUGUGCCUGUUCAAGCCGCGCCCCGCCAUCUACGAUCCGGACUUCAUUGCGGCCAACCAGAGCGACAGGGCGGACAAUGUGAUCGAGGGCACGCGCUACGAGCAGUACCAGCGCGUGCGCGAGGACAUCCGGCAGUUUCGUCACGCCACGGGCGUCGAGGAGGUGAUCGUGCUGUGGACGGCCAACACUGAGCGCUUUGCUGACGUGGCGCAGGGCCUGAACGGCACGGCGGAGGAACUGGAGCGCAGCCUGAAGGCGAAUAAGAGUGAGAUCUCGCCAUCGACGAUAUUCGCCAUGGCCAGCAUCGCCGAGGGCUGCACGUACAUCAACGGCUCGCCGCAGAACACCUUCGUGCCGGGCCUGCUGGAGCUGGCGGAGCGCCAGGGCGUGUUCAUCGCCGGCGAUGACUUCAAGUCCGGCCAGACGAAGCUCAAGUCCGUGCUGGUGGACUUCCUGGUUGGCGCUGGCAUCAAGCCCGUGUCGAUUGUGAGCUACAAUCAUCUGGGCAACAACGACGGCUUCAACUUGUCGGCGCCGCAGCAGUUCCGCUCCAAGGAGAUCUCCAAGAGCAACGUGGUGGACGACAUGGUGGGCUCCAACGACAUCCUGUACGCCAAGGACGAGCAUCCCGACCACACGGUGGUCAUCAAGUACGUGCCGUACGUGGGCGACAGCAAGCGCGCGCUGGACGAGUACACGAGCCAGAUCAUGAUGGGCGGCCACAACACACUGGUCAUCCACAACACCUGCGAGGACAGCCUCCUGGCGGCGCCACUCAUCCUCGACCUGGUCGUCCUGGCCGAACUCUGCUCCCGGAUAAAGGUGAAGAGAAACGAGGCGAACGCGCAGUUCGUGCCCUUCAGAUCCGUUCUGUCGCUGCUGAGCUACCUAUGCAAGGCGCCGCUGGUGCCCAGGAAUACUCCGGUGGUGAACUCACUCUUCAGGCAGCGCGCAGCCAUUGAGAACCUGCUGCGAGCCUGCGUGGCUCUGCCGCCCAACUCUCACAUGGCUCUCGAGCAUCGGUUCAACUUGGACGACAAUGCGGAACCGCCGCGAAAGAGGCUAAAGGCGACGAAUGGCGUCGUGGCGAAUGGCAGACAGAAUUGAGGGUGUUUUUGCCAUCGACAAACUCAGAAUAUCUUCAUUUCAGAAUUUUUGUGAAUUUUGCACACUUUUUUUUCAUUCUUUAGAAUUGACGCAUUGUAAAUAUUGAUAAUUGUUUCAAUGUUUUAUUGCGAAGAGAGAGAAGAUAUAUUUAUCACUAGUUAUGUCCACGUGACUGAUGGAAAAGAGCGGCGGCAGAAUUUGAGAAAUUGAGGUUGAUUUUUAUAUUUUGUUCAGUCAAGUAAAUAGGAUUUCUUUUGACGAAUUUGCCUGAAGUGCAACCCAAAUGAACUGAUCUUGAUGAAAAGUAGUCUUUUGUGAGACAUAGGAUUAAAUCACGUAGAGACUGUAGUUGGUAAUUAAUGUAGAAAUGAUGCUUAAGGUGUCCUUUUACCCCCACAGGAAAAACAAGAAACAACUUUUCGACCUUUUCGAUAGUAUUUUGUGCAAGGCGAGUUUGCAAGUCGAGAGAUAAAUCGAUAUGUGUGCCAAAUGGCAAAGAAAGAGACGGAAGAAUAUGUAAAAAUCCACUGAUUUAUCAACUACAACCAGCAUAUUUUGACCGCAUGAUGGAAUUUUAGUCAAUAAAGGAUAACAAAACUACAAUAA